UUCUUGACGGAGCUGACCAGGCUCUUUCAGAAGUGCAGGACUUCGGGGAGUGUUUUCAUAACGCUGAAGAAAUAUGAUGGCCGAACAAAACCAGUCCCACGCAAAGGCCAUGUAGAAAGUUUUGAACCAGCAGACAAUAAAUGUCUUCUAAGAGCAACUGAUGGAAAGAAGAAAAUUAGUACAGUGGUGAGCUCCAAGGAAGUAAAUAAAUUCCAGAUGGCAUAUUCAAAUUUGCUGAGAGCUAACAUGGAUGGCUUGAAGAAAAAAGACAAGAAAAGCAAAAACAAGAAGAGUAAAGCAACACAGUGAUGGAAGAAUGUCCUACCAUCGCUAUAACAGACUUGACCCUUGCUCAAAGCAAAGUCCAUUUCUUUUUGAGUUACCACUUGUCUUUGGCUUUCCUUCCAGCAGGAUAUUGGAUGCGAUCAGUACUUUUGUUUAAACUGAGAGCAGAAGGUGCUUUCUGUGGAUUGUUGUAUGGCAGGAGUAUCCACAAAGUUAUACUGAAAUAGCUUUACACUCGUCUGCCAACUAGUUUUGUACUUAUACUGCUGUUUGUUUUGUAUUAUACAAGUGGGUGGCGUAAAACCUAUUUAGGGGUAACACAGGGUGAAGAGAAAUGUACCAUGAGCAAAUUAAGACUGGAGCAGGUGUCUCAGUGACAGGGGCCCAGGUUUAUAGAUAAGCCUUGGUAGUACUAGGGAGAGUGGGUGCCAACAUAUUACCAGGAACAGCAGCUUUCCUGUUUCUGUCUUAUUUUGAGAGACAUGUCUACGUGAUGCAGUGCAGAUAUCCCUAAGGCAGCCAGCACAGUGCUCAAGCUCUUGCAGAGCCAGGCAGCUGUGCCUUUGCUCCAUGCUGAUCCAGCUGUGCUCACCCUGGCUCAGGGUGGGGGGAGGGCAGGACUAUGCAUCAUGUUCCCUUCUGACAUGGCUUAAAAAUGCUCAUGUCCCCUAGACUUUUUUAAAGCUUCAUCCUUCCGUAUAUUCAGGGAUCUGAAUUUCCCCAUACUUCGUAUCUUACAAAGUAGCUCCUUUAUAUGAGCAGAUGUAAAAGGUGAAUACUUAAUUGUUCCUAUUAAACACAGUGAGAAAUG